ACCUCGAACCACCGACACACUACGCCAACUACAAAUACUGACUCAUCUCCUGCCCUCGCACCUGCACGCCCUCCUUCCUCCUACCGCCGGCUCCCAACAUGACGGCGCCAUUCUCGCACACGCAGAGACCUGUGCGUCUUACCGUCUCACUACAGGCCAUAGCUCGCAAAGGCGCCCCUUCGACCGGCCCCAUUGAUCGCACCCUAGUCAUCCCUCAACAUGGCUUGGUCGAGAUUGGCCGCGCUUCCACCAGUGCCACCAAGAACAGAAAGCCAGCCGCCGACAACGCUCUGUUCGAGUGUGCUGUCAUGUCCAGACACCAUGCCGCCAUUUCGGCUCCCAAGGGUCCUCAUGGACCCAUCAUGCUCGAGGAUACGGGCUCGAUGCAUGGCGUCUACGUGAACGGAAGAAAGAUCCUUAGAACUGAGAUCUUCUCCCGCGAUGAGAUACGAUUCGGAAGUCAGGUCACUCGUGCUGAAGCCACGUUUGACGGUGUCGAGGUCCGGAUCACCAACAUCGUCCGCUCAGGCGCUUCCUUCAGUAAUCCCUUCUCCACCAGCACCCUCACCAACACCAGCACCAGCGUCACUCUCCCGGAAAGUAGCAAGAAGGUCAACCCACCCUCAUACCGCGUCCCCGGCUAUGACACCGACUCUUCCAAGGAAGAUCUCACCUCCAUCACCUCUGAAGAGCCCUCGAUUACCGUCAAGCCCUCAAUCUCCACAAAGCCUUCGACCGUCAUCAAGCCCGCUACUUACAUCGACCUCGAUCCACCUUCACCACCCGUCUAUGCUCGCAGUGUCGUCGAGGUCGAUGACUUCACCGACAACAUGUCCGAGGAGGUUUCCGACUUUGACAGCGAGUUCGACGACGGUUAUGAUUACCCUGACAACCCCGACGAAAUCGAUCAUGACGACGACAGCCAGGCGGCCUCGGACCGUGACGAGUCUCCUGGUCUCUCCGAGUCAUUCAACGACUACUCGGACGAAGAAGAUGUCAUUGACUCAGAGUCUGAGGAGUCUUUCGAGACACAGCUGGAUAACACAACCGUGUUACCUGUUGUCGAGUCGUUCAAGUCCAAGGCCGCUGACACUCAAGCCCACACCCAGACUCAGGCUCAGGCUCAGGAGGUAGAAAAGCCUCGCGAUACUGCCGAAGAAGUCAUGUCUAUCCCGUGGUUGGUCGAGAACUCCAUGACUGCUGCUGCAAACGAGUGGUAUUACCCUCAUAUCACCUUGCCUCAACUUCACUAUGACUCUAUCAAGAUCCCCUUGGCUCCAAGCCAGAAGGACGACAGUCUCGCAACGUCCAAGGACGACAUCUCCGCUGCUCCCAGAGACCAGAAGAAGGAUCCCGAGAUCAAGGCCAUCCAAAACACCGACGAUCUCCGCAUCGAUGAUGAUGUCGUCGUUCAGGAGGUGAUCGCCGAGAGCCGCGUAGCUCCGGCUGUCUUUACUCCGAUAACUGCUCCCGAGCCUGCUGUGGCUGAGAAGCAGAUCGCUGCACAAGCUCCUACUGCCGCCGAACUCUUUCAUAAGGUGGACUCGCCGACAGGAAGCAAACGCAAACGUGAUGUCGAGGAUGACGGCCACGAGGCACUACCUGCCUCGUCUACUGCUCGCAGAUUGUUCAAGUUCAGACUUGGUCCGCAGCACAAGAAGGCCCUCGCCAACUUCUUGCCAAAGCGCACAAUCGUCAAGGCAGCUCCUCGCCCUAUCAAGAGGGCAAAGCGUUCAACUGCUAAGGUCGCUUUGAGUGCUUUCGCUGGUGCCCUUGGUGGUAUGGCUACUGUCGUCGGUGUGCUGAUGACUCCUCAGUGCGAGCAGUUGCUGGCUAACUGGCCCAUGCCAUAAAUGGACGCGGUGCUUUGAAUGAUGAGUAAGCCUCGAGCGUCGACUUACAUGAGAAGUCCGCAGAGGGGAUCCGGAGCGUUGACCUACAAGUGAGGUCCGCAGGAGGAUCAAUAA